AGAGCCUACGAAGUGUGGGAAAAUAAAGCUUCCUACUCAUGCCAUCAGGAGAAUCUCUUUGAAAGCUUCACCACAGGACUACCAGAGACAAAUUGGAAGCAUCAUGUAUUGAAAGCACCAAGAAGCUAUCACCUUUACACUAGUUAGAAACACAGUUAUGAUGUCGUCAAUUCUUUGAGCUCCAGAAGCCAGGAGAGUGAGUGGAAAAUCUGAAAAUGCGGCCAUGGACUGGUUCUUGGCGUUGGAUUAUGCUCAUUUUAUUUGCGUGGGGAACAUUGCUAUUUUACAUAGGUGGUCACUUGGUACGAGAUAAUGACCACCCUGAUCACUCUAGCCGAGAACUGUCCAAGAUUCUGGCAAAGCUUGAACGCUUAAAACAGCAGAAUGAAGACUUGAGGCGAAUGGCUGAAUCUCUUCGCCAGCGCAGGGAGAUUGUCUGCACACAGCCUUCCUGUACUUCAGGAGAAGGACCCCAUUCCCAUGCCACCCGAAACAGGAUACCAGAAGGGCCCAUUGAUCAGGGGCCGGCUGCAGGAAGGGUACGUGCUUUAGAAGCGCAGCUUGUAAAGGCCAAAGAACAGAUUGAAAAUUACAAGAAGCAAACCAGAAAUGGUCUUGGGAAAGAUCAUGAAAUCUUGAGGAGGAGGAUUGAAAAUGGAGCUAAAGAGCUCUGGUUUUUUCUACAAAGUGAAUUGAAGAAAUUAAAGAAUUUAGAAGGAAAUGAACUCCAAAGACAUGCAGAUGAAUUUCUGUCAGAUUUGGGAAAUCAUGAAAGGUCUAUAAUGACGGAUCUAUACUACCUCAGUCAAACAGAUGGAGCCGGUGAUUGGCGAGAGAAAGAGGCCAAAGAUCUGACAGAGCUAGUCCAGAGGAGAAUAACAUAUCUUCAGAAUCCCAAGGACUGCAGCAAAGCAAAGAAGCUAGUGUGUAAUAUUAACAAAGGCUGUGGCUAUGGUUGUCAACUCCAUCACGUGGUCUACUGCUUCAUGAUUGCCUAUGGCACCCAGAGGACGCUCAUCUUGGAAUCUCAGAAUUGGCGGUAUGCUACUGGUGGAUGGGAGACUGUAUUUAGACCUGUAAGUGAGACAUGCACAGAUAGAUCUGGCACCUCCACUGGACACUGGUCAGGUGAAGUGAAGGACAAAAGUGUUCAGGUGGUCGAGCUCCCCAUUGUAGACAGUCUUCAUCCCCGUCCUCCAUAUUUACCCCUGGCUGUACCGGAAGACCUUGCAGACCGACUCGUUCGAGUCCAUGGUGAUCCUGCAGUGUGGUGGGUGUCCCAGUUUGUCAAAUACUUGAUCCGCCCACAACCUUGGCUGGAAAAGGAAAUAGAAGAGGCCACCAAGAAGCUUGGUUUCAAGCAUCCAGUUAUUGGGGUCCAUGUCCGACGUACAGACAAAGUGGGAACAGAAGCAGCCUUCCAUCCCAUCGAGGAGUACAUGGUGCAUGUUGAAGAACAUUUUCAACUUCUCGCACGCAGGCUGCAAGUGGACAAAAGACGAGUAUACUUGGCCACAGAUGACCCUUCUUUAUUAAAGGAGGCAAAAACGAAGUACCCCAGUUACGAAUUUAUCAGUGACAACUCUAUCUCCUGGUCCGCUGGGCUGCACAAUCGAUACACGGAAAACUCCCUGCGCGGUGUGAUCCUGGAUAUACACUUUCUCUCCCAAGCCGACUUCCUCGUGUGCACGUUCUCAUCCCAGGUCUGUCGAGUUGCUUAUGAAAUCAUGCAAACACUGCAUCCUGACGCCUCUGCAAAUUUCCACUCCUUGGACGACAUCUACUAUUUUGGGGGCCAGAAUGCACACAACCAGAUUGCCGUUUAUCCUCACCAGCCUCGGACUGCAGAUGAGAUCCCCAUGGAGCCCGGAGAUGUCAUCGGUGUGGCUGGAAACCACUGGGAUGGCUAUUCUAAAGGAGUCAACAGAAAACUGGGAAAGACGGGCCUCUAUCCCUCCUACAAAGUCCGCGAGAAGAUCGAAACCGUCAAGUACCCCACAUAUCCCGAGGCUGAAAAAUAAAGCUCGCCCAGUUCAAAACAUUUGAGCCAAACAGUAGACCAAGAAGGCCCCAACCUAACCAUGUACGGUUCAGUGAGACACAGCGUCAGUAGCAACUGAGAACUGAGCUCAGCAGCAAUAGCAACUGAGAACAGACUGAUGCCUCCUAGGUGGAAUUGUUCUUUAACAAGGGUCGCCAUGCCCUCAGCCCGUGCACAGUCCAAUAACGUACUCACAUAUAACAUGCAAACAGGUUGUUUUCUACUUUUCCCCUUCUUUCAAGAUUAUGUACCCAUGAAACAAACACUGCCACACUGUAUCAUUUAAGUGACAGACAAAUUUUGUGUGAGACUUCAAACAUGGUGCCUAUAUCUGAGAGACCGAUGUGACCCAAUGAGAAGACCCACGAUGAUCCCUGCUGCCAGGAGCGUUGAUCCUUAGCCAGUGGUGAUGAUGGGACCACUGAGUGCACUCCAAUCAACAGAUUCAGAAUGAGAAUGGCUAUUUUUUCCUUUAUUAUGUUGUCUGGAUAUAUUUUUUUUAAGUAAUUGCAUCAAUUCAUCCCACCUCAUCUUUAAUAAGUGAAGGAUACAUCAGAAAAUAAAAUAUUCACACUCCAUUAGGAACUUUUGUAAAACAAUGUCAUGGACAGAUUAUUUAGUACUUAAUGUUUCUGGACAUUCUCUUUGAUAACAAAAAAUAAAUUAAAAAAAGAGCAAUUUUGUAAAGUU